AUGGACGCCGCGCAAGAAGCCCAGAAGAGGGAGGCUUUCCGGCAAGCCGUCGUGAACACGCUUGAGCGCCGCCUGUUUUACAUUCCUUCGUUCAAGAUCUACCGUGGAGUGGCUGGGCUCUACGAUUAUGGCCCCCCAGGUUGCGCCGUCAAGGCCAACGUCCUCGCUUUCUGGCGCCAGCAUUUUGUACUCGAGGAGAACAUGUUGGAAGUCGAUUGCCCGUGUGUUACCCCUGAGGUAGUCCUGAAGGCAUCGGGUCAUGUUGAAAAGUUCACUGACCUUAUGGUCAAAGAUGAAAAAACUGGAACAUGCUACCGAGCGGAUCAUUUGCUCAAGGAUUAUUGCAAAGAGAAGCUUGAGAAAGAUGCUAACUUGAGUGCCGAGAAGACAGCAGAACUGAAGCAUGUGCUUGCCAUGUUGGACGAUUUCUCUCCUGAAGAGCUUGGUGCAAAGAUCAAAGGAUAUGGAAUAACUGCUCCUGACACUAAAAAUGCGCUCUCUGACCCUUAUCCUUUUAAUUUAAUGUUUCAGACGUCAAUAGGCCCAUCUGGACUAAGCCACGGAUACAUGCGUCCUGAAACUGCUCAGGGUAUUUUUGUUAACUUCAAGGACUUGUACUACUACAACGGCAACAAGCUUCCGUUUGCAGCUGCACAGAUUGGCCAAGCUUUUAGAAAUGAGAUCUCUCCACGCCAAGGUCUCUUAAGGGUCCGUGAAUUCACGCUGGCUGAGAUUGAGCAUUUUGUGGAUCCUGAAGACAAGUCGCAUCCCAAAUUCUCUGAAGUCUCAAAACUGGAGUUUCUAAUGUUCCCGAGGGAAGACCAGGUGUCUGGAAAACAAGCCAGGAGAAUUGUAAUAGAGGAAGCAGUUUCUCAGGGUAUUGUCAACAAUGAAACACUCGGCUAUUUCAUAGGGAGAGUGUACUUGUUUCUAACCCAACUUGGAAUUGAUAAAGACCGCCUUCGUUUCCGUCAGCAUUUGGCCAAUGAGAUGGCACACUACGCUGCCGACUGUUGGGAUGCUGAAAUUGAAUGCUCAUAUGGAUGGAUCGAGUGUGUUGGUAUAGCUGAUAGAUCGGCGUUCGAUUUGCGUGCUCACACAGAUAAAAGUGGUAUACCAUUGGUGGCACAUGAAAAAUAUGCCGAACCCAAAGAAGUGGAGAAACUUGUCAUAGCUCCUGUCAAGAAGGAGCUGGGACUUGCCUUCAAGGGUAACCAAAAGAUGGUGGUUGAAGCAUUAGAGAAUCAACAAUAUGAGGAAGUUGCUAAGAAGAUUGCUAAAUCACUAACUGCCGUUGGGAUUUCAUACAAGAUUGAUAUAACAGGUACCUCAAUAGGAAAAAGAUAUGCAAGAACAGAUGAACUUGGAGUUCCACUUGCCAUAACUGUUGACUCAACAACCUCAGUCACCGUCCGAGAAAGAGACAGCAAACAGCAGAUUCGUGUGAAUGUUGAUGAGGUGGCGUCUCUGGUUAAAUCCGUGACUGAUGGUGUGAGCACUGGGGCUGAUAUAUUGUGGAAAUAUCCUACUCAUUCCUCGUGA